AUGGCACCCACAGAAGCAACAACGAAGUCACGAACGAAUGGCGCAACGGGCAUCCUCGACAAAGACGCGGUAAUGAGGGCGAUGAUGGAGGCUGCAGCUGCUAAGCGUGCCCAGAGCGGUAGCGACGAGGAGAGCGGAAACGACAGCGACAGCGACAGCGACAGUGAGGAAAGCCAAGCCGGCGAUGCGAGCGACGCCGAGUCUGCGUCCUCCGCAAGCUCCAGCUCCCGCUUCCCCUCUCCUCCCCGUCCCGCCGCUCUUGCUUCGGUCGCCACCACAUCGCGCGUCAAGCUCCCACCAAAGGCCGACGCAAAGGGCAAGGCGACGUCGUCGCCAUUCGACACACCCCGCGCCACGGCCAACGCAACGUUCGAGAGCCUCGGACUCUCCGCACCAGCGAUCCAAGCUCUGGCUUCACUCUCAAUCCGUGCUCCGACCGAAAUCCAGACCGCCACCAUUCCGGCCAUGCUCGCCGGCCGCGACGUCAUCGGCGGCGCCAAGACCGGUAGCGGUAAGACGCUUGCCUUCGCCUUGCCGAUCCUUGAGCGUAUCGCUCGCGACCCCUUUGGAAUUGCAGCACUCGUGCUCACGCCGACUCGCGAGUUGGCUUAUCAGCUCGCAGAACAGUUCCUGGCGGUCGGCAAGCCGAUGGGUCUCACAACCGAGACGAUCGUCGGCGGCAUGGAUAUGCUCUCUCAGGCGCAGGCACUCGAGAGUCGGCCCCAUAUCAUCGUCGCCACGCCAGGGCGGCUGUGCGACCUUCUCCGCUCGGACGGAGUAGAACAGGGCAAACUUCGCCGUGUACGAACACUCGUACUCGACGAGGCGGACCGAAUGCUCACACCCACGUUUGCACCUGAACUCGCAUACCUCUUCGAACAGAUCCCCAAGUCGCGCCAGACGUGUCUCUUCACCGCCACGAUUAGCGACGCGAUCAUGGACCUCGCGAAACGCCCUCCACCACCCGGAAAGCAGGUGCCGUUCGUGUACCGCGUCGCAUCAGACACGCUCACGGUCGAAAAGCUCAAACAAAAGUACCUCUUCAUCCCGUCCCAGAUUCGCGACCCGUACCUCUACUACCUGCUCAUGCACCCACCAUCUGACAUUGACGCGGUGCUCGCCGCCCCGCGGCCGACGAAACCCAAACCCCAGAAGAAGAGGGGGAAACGCGCACGAUCCGAGACGCCAGAGGACGACAGCCCGCAUAUCGUUCCAACGAUCAUCUUCACGCAGCGGUGCCACACCGCCCAGCUCCUCCACCUCCUUCUGGACCAGCUCGAUAUCCCCUCUGUCCCCCUCCACUCACAUCUGACCCAGCCACAACGCUUGCUCUCGCUCGCCCGCUUCCGCGCGCGCGAAGUCCCCGUCCUGGUGACGACGGAUGUCGGCUCGCGCGGUCUCGAUAUCCCCGAAGUCGCCAUGGUCGUCAAUUGGGACUGUCCGCGCCAGGCGGACGACUACGUCCACCGCGUGGGCCGUACCGCGCGUGCCGGGCGCGGCGGUGUUGCCGUCACGAUUGUCACUGAGCGUGAUGUCGAACUGGUCAAGAGCAUCGAGGAUACGGUCAAGGUCACUCUGAGUGAGCUCGAGCUGGCUGAAGAGCCCGUGCUGGAGAACCUGAAUAGGGUGAGCGUCGCGCGACGCAUGGCGACGAUGGAGAUGCACGACUCCAAGUUUGGAGAACGCAAGGCUAUCAACCAGGCCAAGGCGGCUAAGCGUGCGCGCCGCGAUGCGGCCAAGUAG